GCUCUUCGGGGACACCCCACAUUGUCCUGAGUGGCCUGUUUAAACUGUUGUAACAAGCCCUGCCCCAAAUGCAGGGCAACAUUGAAUGUUACUACCUACAAACUCUUGGAUUGAGUAUAUAUUUACUGAAUGUUACAUUUACGAAAAUCUUUCUUCCCUGCUACAAUUGGAAUGGAUUUCUUCACAAAUGUACAAAAAUCAUUGCAGGUGAUGUGACAACUCAAGUUUCUCUGCAGCCAGCACUGCGGUUUAAUGGUGGGGGUCAUAUUAAUCAUUCAAUUUUCUGGACAAAUCUAUCUCCUAAUGGUGGAGGAGAACCUGCAGGAGAGUUAAUGGAAACCAUCAAACGGGACUUUGGUUCGUUUGAGAAGUUUAAGGAAAAAAUGUCUGUAAUCUCAGUAGGUGUUCAAGGCUCAGGAUGGGGAUGGCUGGGCUACAGUAAGAAUUCAGGAAGGCUACAGCUUGCUACUGCUUCCAAUCAGGACCCAUUGCAAGGAACAACUGGUCUAAUUCCCCUUCUUGGAAUUGAUGUGUGGGAGCAUGCCUACUAUCUGCAAUACAAGAAUGUGCGGGGUGACUAUCUAAAAGCUAUCUGGAAUGUUAUCAACUGGGAGAAUGUGGGAGAGAGACUCAAAGCUGCCAUGAAAUGAGUAGUAUUUAAAAAUAUUUUUCAAAUAACAUCUGUUAAACAUUUUGCAGCUUUCUGGACCAUGUUUAAAUAAUUAAAUAUUUGAAAACAUCCA